AUGGCACGUUACGGACGUUCAUUACGUUUUGGAACUCGAAGACAAUUGCUUGGCAAAUCUGCUUGGUUUCAAAUACAUCGACUUCUUCUUAGCAUCUCAUCUUUAUUGAUUCUUCUAGGCUUCUUGUUAAUUCUAGUUCGGAAUCAUGGUCAAUGGGUGCAACCUAAACUACAUGAGUGGGAUUCAUUUGUUCAUUCAAUAUUGGGUGGCACAAUUUUUAGUUGUAGUAUAGUACAACUAUGGUUAGCAUUAUAUCGUUGUAAACCUAAUAGUCGGUUUCGUUUUAUUUUUAAUUGGAGUCAUCGUAUCGUUGGUUUAUUAAUUUUUGGUCUGUCAAUUCCAGCGAUGUUUCUCAUGAUAUCUCAAGCGAAAACGAACCGUACUGUUCUCAUCACAGCUAUUUCAUUUUGGACAGCCUGGAUAGUCAUCGUCAUCAUUAUUUGUGAAAAAAUUGAAUAUAAAAAACCAGUAUUUGCACUAUCAAUGACAAACAAUGCUCGACAAGAUGAUACAAAUCAGGAGAAUAUUAAUACAAAUGUGCGACCAGAUACUGAAGCAACUACACAGUUAAAUACUGGUAGUCAAUAUCAUAAUCAAAUAAAAUUACUUUUGCUUGUCAUUCAUAUUAUUAUUAGUGUCACUCUUUCUGUUUUACUCAUUGUAUUUUAUCCAAAAUAA